CGGUCGCUGCCUGGCGUUUGUCGCAGGAAACCUCGCAGUUUCUGAAAUAAACGUGAUCACACAUGGACUGGGUUUUAAUCAUCUUGGCUUCAGUGACUGCUGUCCUGAACCUCAGAGCCAAGCGGAGGAAGAAACAAGACACCCUCGGUUCCUGGACACUUUGCGAAACAUUCAUCCCGUCAAACUGUAAGGGCACAAACACAGAGCCCCAACAGGACAAUAAAGUAGGAGAAAUCCGCAGAAAGAAAAGGGAUCUGGAAGGAGUGCAAAUGGUGAAUAGAGCUGUAGCAGCUGUCGUGACGAUAGAAGACGCCUCCACUCUGACCCAUGAUGAGAUUCCCCUGAUCAAUCCAGAAAGGCUGAAACAAAAGGAAACGGAUUUAUUUUCCUGUGAUACAGUUUGGGUUGAUCUGGAAAACGCGCGCCGAGAUUAUCACAAAUUGGAAAGAAUUGACAAGGAUUUCGAAACAGCGUUGGAUCAAAUCUACUCAGAUAUCAGUGAAGCACAAUUAAAACUGCUAGAGAAAGAGAUCAUGAAUCUCCAAUGUGAAAAUGUCUCACGACUCUCCCGGACAAAGGCACAGUAUGACAUCGGUGACGAUAAAAUAUCUUCAGUCAAAGAAGCAGGAUUGGAAGAACUUCGAAAAAUCUUCUUCGAAGCAGGAUUUGGAAAAUCAUAUUGGGAAUCGAGGACCAGAAUUGAACUAAAAAAGAAAGAUUUCAUCCAAAUGGAUUUCAACUAUGCAUUGAAGACAGCAAAGACAUCGAUAGAGAAAAAAAAAAAGCGAGAAAACAUCUAUCAAAUUAAUGACAAAGCUUCACCUUUGAAGGAAAAUGCCAAGAAAAAGCUCGAUGCUAAAAAUCACAUUAAACAAGAAUGCGAUGCUACUUCAGAUUUUGAGAAAUUAGUUCUCGAACGAGAUGAAGCUGAGAAAAAUCUACGCAAAGCAGAAGCAGUGAUGAUUUUUCGUCAAGAGGGAGCACUAAAAUUAUUUCUCACACAAAAGGAAGAGAUUGAAAUGGAAGAGAUACUGAAGGAGACAAAAAUUAAUCAACUUAGAAAAACUCUGGAGGAGGAAGAAUUUGAGAUGUGCAAAAAAAUAAACAAAUUGGACAUCGAAAACGAGAAAGAAAUACAAAAUAAGUUGAAGGAAGAAAAAAAGAAAUAUAUGGAGACUCUUAAAAACACAGAACUCCAUAAAAAUCAGGAAGGCAGAAAAUACUUGGAAGAAUCAUUGAAGCUGAAAGUCACAGAACUCAAUAAAUGUCAGGAAACUCUCAACCAAGCAGAAGAAAUACUGCGAAACAGGGAGACAGAAUUACGGAAACAUAAUGAAGCUCGACUAUAUGCAGAACAAUUGAUGGAGGAUUUAAGGAUAGAUCUAAAACGGUGUCAGUUAUCUUUGAAAAAAAGAGACGAAGCCGUGCCUGCAUUGCAGAAAGAACUCAGUGAUUGUAAAAAUAGCCUUGAAACAUCAGAACUGAAAGACUGCAACGCCACACUGAAGAUAACAGAAGAUGAAGUGAAUGUUUUGAAGAAUGAUAUCGUAACCUUCAAGGAAUCAAUGGCAACCACGGAGCUGCUUCGCUAUCAGGAGGAUUUAAGGAACAAAGAAAGUACGCUCGAAGCCAAGAACAAAGAACUCAAAUUGCUUCAGCUUGCCCACAGCAAAGCAGAAAUCACCAGAAGAACAGCAUCCAUGAAAGAUUCAGAACAACUGCUGAACACAAAACACAAGGAACUGAUAGAUUGUCAACAGAAACUAAAACAGAGCGAACUAAACAAGAUUAAGGAAGCAUUAAAGAUUACAGAAAUCCAAAAAUUCAAAGUGGCUUUGAAAAGCACAGAUGAACUAUUGACUGAGAAGAACAAAGAUUUGAAUAGAAUGAACGAAGAUCGUGCCAAGCUGGCACUGAAGGAUUUCCGCACAAGUUUGAACAAAAAAGAACUGAAGAAUUGUCAACAAUUGCUGAAACAGAAAGAAAAGAAACUUCAGGAUACUAAGAAAGAAUUGCAGAAUUCGAAAGAAUUGUUGAGUUCUACAGAAUUGCAGAAUUCGAAAGAAUUGUUGGGUUCUACAGAAUUGCAGAAUUCGAACGAACUCUUGAGUUCUACAGAUCUACAACCAAGAGAGAAAGACACAGUUCGUAACCUACUUCAGAAAGACGCAGAUAUUGAAAACAUGAAAGUGAAACUUAGAGUUGCACAAGGUCAUUUUGAAGAGGCAAGACCAAAGCGUGAUUUGGUAUUCGCGGAAUCAGAAACAGAGUUAAACAUUUGUCGCGAAGCUAUAAAACUGAAAGAUGAUACCAUAAAGGAAAAAAAUCGAAAACUCAGCUAUUUGAGAAACAAAGUCAGGGAAUUGGAGAUCCAGUACUCAGAGAAGGCAGAAGAAAUCACGAAUUUGAAAGACCUUUUGGCUAAAAAAGACCUGAAUAUUUGUCAGAUGAACCUACAAGCAGACAGUGCAGGACGUUCCUUUGCAGAGGGAGAGGUACUUGAAAUCAAAAAAACUCUUCUCGAGUCAGGAAGCGAGUUAUGGGAUCACGAAAUUGAGUUCAACAGUUGCAAACAAAAUCUGCAGUACCAAGAACUGAAAGGAAAGUGUUUAAGUGAUGUUCAGAUUGACCUGGACAAGGAGCAUGAAAUCGUUGCUUUGAAAUUAUCUUUGAAGAACACAGAACUUAUGGAGUGUCAGAAACAUUUGAAGCUUAAAGAGGCAGAAUACUUGAGACAGGACGCAGAAAAGGAACCCAAAGAACCUUUAGACAAAGAUCCAACAGAAAGUACAGACGAAGAUCCAACAGGAAGUACAGACAAAGAUCCAACAGAAAGUACAGACAAAGAACCAACAGGAAGUACAGACAAAGAUCCAACAGGAAGUACAGACAAAGAUCCAACAGGAAGUACAGACAAAGAUCCAACAGGAAGUACAGACAAAGAUCCAACAGGAAGUACAGACAAAGAUCCAACAGGAAGUACAGACAAAGAUCCAACAGGAAGUACAGACAAAGAUCCAACAGGAAGUACAGACAAAGAUCCAACGGGAAGUACAGACAAAGAUCCAACAGGAAGUACAGUCAAAGAUCCAACAGGAUAUGAGGCUGCAGAAAAGGACACAUCAGAAACUACAGGAAAAGACUCCACAACAGCUGAUCACAGAACUUGUCUAAAAAACCUGGCAGAAGCACAGAAACAGCUGAUGACAAAAGAUACAGAAAUCAAGCGUCUUGAAGGAAUAAUUGAAACUACAGAAAAAGGCUCCACAACAUCUGAGAAACAGCUGAAGACAAAAGAUACAGAAAUCAAGCGUCUUGAAGGAAUAAUUGAUAUCAAGCAUCUUGAAGGAAUAAUUGAAACUACAGGAAAAGGCUCCACAACAGCUGAUCACAGAACUUGUCUAAAAAACCUGGCAGAAGCACAGAAACAGCUGAAGACAAAAGAUACAGAAAUCAAGCGUCUUGAAGGAAUAAUUGAAACUACAGGAAAAGGCUCCACAACAGCUGAUCACAGAACUUGUCUAAAAAACCUGGCAGAAGCACAGAAACAGCUGAAGACAAAAGAUACAGAAAUCAAGCGUCUUCAAGUAAUAAUUGAGAAACAACUGAUGGAAAAAGACGCAGAAAUCCUACAACUGAAAGGAGAUGACAUUGGGCAUGAUAUUUGUAAACAGGAACUGGAAACAGCAAAUUUGGCCAAGGGAGAAAGAGUAGUCGAAAUAUCGGUCAGCCAAAGAGAGAAAGCUGAUGCCGUCAACGAAAAGGUUAAUGAAUUAAAAAAGCAACAAAAAAUGUUGGAAAACUUAGAUGAUGCUGUGUUCGUAUCACCUGCAGAUUUGGGUAUCGUCAGAACCAAGUUCAUUAAGGCUGAGGAAACCAUUUUGCUGAAGACAGCAGAAAACCUCCGAUUAGAAAAGUUAUUGAAAGAAACAGAGGAACUACUGGAACAAAAACAAGCAGGUGAUCUGGUUCAGCAAACAAAUAUGGAGUUGAAUACCUGCAAACAACAGCUCAAUGAUGCAGAAAACAAGUUAUAUGCAGUUCAAAAAGAGUUAGCGAGACGUAUACAAAUUGCAGAGAACGAUAUCGUCAUUCAGCAAUCAAUGACCAGUCUGUUAGAGAAAGAUAUCGCCAAUUACAAGCUCAAAGACGAAUUAGCAAGCACAAAAUCGAAGCUGAGACAAACAUUAAAAGAAAUUGAAGAACAUAACAAAGCGAAGCUAUUUUCGAAGUCAACCGACCAUCCGAAAAAGUUUCCAGAUCAGAAACUUAUGAGAGAAAAACGACAAAACACAGAAAAUCUUGCUCUGCGUAGAAUGCUGGAGUCAGUUGAUGAACAAAAUAAGAUGGACACGGAGACGGAUGUCCUUAUUCAACAGAGCAUGAAAAAAAUCAUUCAAAAAGACAACGAAAUUGGGCAACUGAAACAAAUUAUCGAAUCAAAAGAGAAAGAAUUAGCCUUAAAGACAGCAGAAUCUAAGUUGGUUCAAGCAGAGAAAGGGUCAAAACUUGCAGGCAUCCCUAUAGGGUGGAAUAUGCUGAAUGUGAAAAAAGCCUUGGUGAAGCUGGACGGAGAGAGCUCUGACCCCCGUUUCCUGGUGUCUGUGGACGGCUCUUUUGCAGCCUGGGCAGCGGGCGUACGAGCGAGCAGGGAGGAAGGAGGGAGAAAGGGAGGAGGGAGAGUGCAGGGACACGGGACCUGGAGCGUGUGGGGCACAGAACCCCUCGGGCAUGGCAGACAUCGCUGGGAGGUGUGGGUAAACGAAGGCACGGUGUGGACGGUGGGGGUGGCAAAGCGCCCCCUGGCGCUGACGAAAUUCGGCCGAGCCGGGAAAGAGGAGGGCUACUGGGCUGUGAUGCUGUGGAAUCUGAUGGAGGCAGAGGGUAGGGAAAUGGAGGAUGAGGCGAGGCACAAGCUGGUCGGAGGUUGGAAUGGGCAACCGCGCUCGCUAGGCACCAGCAAUCUCCUCCUCCACCAUGCCACCCGUCUGGGCAUCGCGCUGGACUCCGAGUCUGGGACACUUCACUUCUAUAAUCCCAGCGACAUGUCUGCAGCCCCCAUGGCCUCCCUGACCCCCCACUUCACUGGCCCCGUCUACCCUCUGUUCAGGCUGUGGGUGGGCACAGCUUCCAACGCCACUAUCUCCAUCGUCUAGCUCUCUCUCCAGCUCUGUUGCACUCUCUC